AUGGCUAGCUUAACCAUAGCUCUCCAGAAUCGCACCUCAUCAGACACCGUCUAUGCCUACAUCACUGGCCUUGCAAUUGACAACGCCAACUCCGUCUUUCUGCUCCAAGCCGAUGCCAGGACUCCUUACUUCCCAGCAACGCCAUCGGCCCCGGGCGCCUCUCUCGCUACCGACUGCUCGAUUGCCCUUGGUGCACCGGGUAACAUUGUCAAUGCAACGAUACCCCACAUCGCCGGCGGAAGGAUCUGGUUUUCGGUGGGGCAACCCUUGACUUUUCUGUUGAACCCAGGCCCCGGUCUUGUCGAACCUUCUGUGACCAAUCCGUCAGACCCCAAUAUCAAUAUCCCUUGGUCGUUUGCCGAGUUCACCUUCAACAGCGCGCAAGUCUUCGCAAAUAUCUCCUAUGUCGAUUUCGUCUCCUUGCCUAUCGCCAUUUCCCUUUCAAGCACUGCCAGCUCGAACAUUCAAGUCGUACCAGGGCUCCCGUCAAACGGCCUUGACCUUGUGUGCUCUGGUCUCUCAGCUCAGCAAGCAGUAGACAACGCCGGUUGGGACACACUUAUUGUCAAAGAUUCAUCUGGCAGCAAUCUUCGUGCUUUGAGCCCCAACAAUGGUAUCGUUACAAAUCCUAACCUUUUUAGCAAUUACUACAACUUUUACGUCGACGCUGUCUUCGCCCGCUACGCUUCUCAAACUCUGAGCAUAGACACUCAAGCGCAAUGGAGUACUGUCUCCUCCAAUGCUUCUUCUGGCUCUGAGGUUCUGGAUUUCGGCGUGGAUACUUCUACUUCCCCUCCUACUCCGCUAACAUUCAGCAAGCCGUCAGCAAAAGAUAUUUUCUCCUGCAGCACAGGCUCAUUCACUCCCAGCCCCUCCACAGAAAAGGGCGCACUGAUCGCGCGAUUAGCUGCGGCGUUUAAUCGUUCUACGCUUCUGAAGGAGAAUUUGACGCCGAGCCAGCAGUCGGAAGCCUUUUACAAAGAAAGUGUGACGAAUCAUUAUGCGAGAAUUGUGCAUGCAGCGAAUCUUGACGGCAGAGGUUAUGCUUUUCCUUUUGACGACGUGAUUCCGACGGGGGCUGGAGAUGUCAGUGGCGCUGUAAUGGAUGGAAGUCCGAGGUUAUUGACUGUCGCUGUUGGGGGAGGAGGUGGGAUUGGAAAUAUGAGCGUCCAGGAGCGAGAGUAG